UACGUGCCGUCGACUGCGCUGCAUGUCUCGUAAUUAAUAAUAAUAAUUAAUAACUCAUUAUUUACUUAACUUUACACUUUAGUUGAUAAUUGUGCACCGGUAAUUUAAUAUCAUCUAGAUAUUUAUUUUUUAUCUGAAGGCUUUGAAAAUCUAGUAGGAAUAAAAUAUCAAUAAAUAUGGACUUUAAACAGAUGUCAAAAAAAAUAAAUUGAUAAGAUAAUUGAUAAUUACUAGUAUAGAUAUAUCUGUAUAAAAAGUUAGUCAAUUAUGUGCCAGUAAAUUUAGAGCAUUCAAUUUUGCCGGAGUUAAUAAUUUAAAAAAUAAGAAAUGAUAAUUAAACUAUCAAUAAUUAUAAAUUUCGCGGUACUGUGCACUGCUGAGUAUUACACUGUAAAAAAUUUUGAUUUGUUAUAUAAAAAUAAUAUAAUUUGUGAAUCCUGUGAAAAUUCAUCUUUCAAACCAACAUGGGAUAGUUUGGACAGUCGCAAGUUACCUCAGUGGUACGAUGACGCUAAAUUUGGAAUUUUUAUCCACUGGGGUGUAUUUAGUGUUCCUAGUUUUGGCUCAGAAUGGUUUUGGAAACAUUGGAAAGAUGAAAACGGUACCGGUAAAAUAAGUGAUUUUAUGCGACAACGGUACCCGCCAAAUUAUUCAUACCAAGAUUUCGCUCGUGAUUUUACUGCUGAUUUUUUUAACGCAACCCAAUGGGCUGAAUUAUUUGAAUCAGCGGGUGCUAAGUAUGUGGUAUUGACAAGUAAACAUCAUGAAGGAUUUGCUUUGUGGCCUUCCAAAUACUCAUUUAGCUGGAAUGCAAAAGAUGUUGGACCCCAUAGAGAUUUAAUCGGUGAACUGGCGACCGCAAUAAGAAACACUAAAAUAAAAUUCGGUUUGUACCAUUCGUUAUACGAGUGGUUCAAUCCCCUGUGGGAGUCUGAUAAAAGAUCAAACUUUUCCACUAGUGAAUUCGUAAAUUUCAAAAUAAUUCCUGAAAUGCUUGAACUUGUCAACACUUAUCAUCCAGAAGUUCUUUGGUCUGACGGCGAAUGGGACGCUCCAGAUACCUACUGGAAGUCUAAAGAAUUUUUAGCUUGGCUGUUUAAUGACAGCCCAGUCAAAGACACGAUAGUUGUUAAUGAUCGUUGGGGUCAUGAGACACUUUGUCAUCAUGGAGAUUUUUAUACCUGCACGGACAGAUACAACCCAGGAGUUUUGCAAAAGCACAAGUGGGAAAAUGCGAUGACAAUCGACAAAAAGUCAUGGGGUUAUCGUCGCAAUGCUGAUCUAAGUCAGUAUCUGACAACAGCUGAGUUAAUUAAAGAGCUGGUAAUUACUGUAAGUUGCGGAGGUAAUUUAUUAAUGAACGUCGGGCCAACUAAAGAUGGAAUUAUCCCCCCAAUUUAUGAAGAACGUCUUCGAGACAUAGGCCAAUGGUUAAAAACAAAUGGCGAAGCGAUUUAUUGUACUCGGCCUUUUGACUUUCAAAACGACACCAUAAGUAAAGAUGUUUGGUACACGCAGGGAAAUUCUAACACAAAAACAAUCUACGCAACUGUUUUGACCUGGCCUUCAAAUGAUUCGUUGUCUCUGGUGGUUCAAACUGCAUCAAACGUCACUAUUCUGGGCUACAAGGGACCUCUGAAGUGGGAACUUUCUAAAGGUGGUUUGAAAAUUUCUAUGCCGCCGGCAGCUCACAGAGGCCAGCCAGCAUGGGUGCUAAAAAUCAUAUCAUAAAUCGUGAUUAGAUAAAUGUAUGAAUUUAUUUUUUUAUAUUUAUAUACGGUAAUUAUUAACAAAGUUAAUAAAAAGUAAACUAUGUAAUCA